AUGAUCUUGGUCCUUCUUACCUGGUCCCUGGUGAUUUUGAAUAACUGCAGCGCAUUCCCAAGCCCAGAUCGUCAAACUAGACGGCUGCUUGAGACCCAAGCACAAUCCCCGGUCAUCCUGUUCCGGGACAAGCCUUUCACUCCUGGGCAUAGUGAUCCGUAUGACCAUAAACUUGAUUCGGUUGGUCAAGACUUGGAACCGUUGCCAUUCCGAAAUGGUGACGGCGCUACUUUUCAAGGUCCUAGGAACAAGGACAGGGAAAGACAAAACCCAGACCUCGUGCGACCUCCGAGCACAGACCAUGGUAAUAUGGCGAAUAUGCGAUGGAGUUUUGCAGAUUCGCAUAUACGCAUCGAGGAGGGUGGAUGGACAAGGCAGACCACUAUCAGGGAACUGCCUACCAGUAAGCAGUUGGCAGGAGUAAAUAUGCGUCUCGACAAGGGCGUCAUUCGAGAGCUUCACUGGCAUACUGAAGCUGAGUGGGCAUAUGUUCUCAGUGGUAAAGUACGUGUCACUGCUCUGGACACUGAGGGGGGAAGCUUUAUGGACGAUCUAGAGGAAGGCGAUCUAUGGUAUUUUCCUGCUGGGCACCCGCAUUCGCUACAAGGGCUCGGCCCGAACGGUACAGAAUUUUUGUUGAUAUUUGAUGAUGGUGGUUUCUCUGAGGAAUCAACAUUUAUAUUAACAGACUGGCUGGCACGAACACCAAAGUCUGUGUUAUCGGAGAAUUUUGGGCUGGCACCUGACAUCUUCGACGCGAUUCCCAAGUCAGAAAAGUAUAUUUUUCAAGGCUCUCUACCAAGUACCAUCAAAAAGGAGAGACCACCAGGGUUUAAGAAAUCAAAAUAUCAAUUCACACACAAAAUGCUGGAACAAGAACCACUAAAAACAGCAGGAGGCCAAGUACGUAUCACUGACUCUACGAAUUUUCCGAUUUCAAAGACUGUGGCAGCGGCACAUUUGAGCAUUAAUCCUGGAGCGAUUCGUGAGAUGCAUUGGCAUCCUAACGCCGAUGAGUGGUCCUACUUUAAAAAAGGACGAGCUCGCGUGACAAUCUUUGCUGCUGAAGGCACUGCACGCACAUUUGACUAUGUGGCUGGCGAUGUCGGUAUCGUGCCACAGAAUAUGGGCCAUUUUAUUGAGAACCUUAGCGACGAGGAACCGUUAGAAGUACUCGAAAUUUUUCGUGCAGAUAAGUAUCAGGAUUUCUCGCUGUUUCAGUGGUUAGGAGAAACUCCACAGCGGAUGGUUGUGGACCAUCUCUUUGCCUCCGACAAGGAGGCAGCAGACAAGUUUUUGACGCAGAUCCAGAGCGCGGAGAAAGAGCCCAUCAAAGAGAAAAUCUCGACUAGGGCCCAGAAUGUAUUCUAG